CAACGGCAGCGGUUAUUAGAACGAGGAGAGCACCUACAAGGGCACUUUCAGUUUGCUCAGGCUUCUCCUGAGCAGCGGCCGCCAAUGGCGACCACAGGAGAUGCAGCAAGUGCAGGUGGCGGGGCGCCACCAGGAACAUCCGCAGCUUCACC